CCUAAACCAAGUAAAUCUAAGAUCUUGCAAUGGCCAUCCAUACCAACAAGAAACUUUCUUCCACAAUUCUCAUCCUCUCUAUUCUAUUCUUCUCCACCUUCGCUAGCGCUUCUGUGCCAUGCGCUCCGACCAAGAAGCCACAUCCCAUUAAGCCAUCGCCCAUCAAACCACCACCGGUGUACCCUUCUUGCCCUAAGGACACCCUCAAGCUCGGGGCUUGUGUUGAUGUCCUUGGGCUAGUCAAUGUGGUACUCGGGGGAAAUCCAUAUGCCAAAUGUUGUACAUUGAUCGAAGGAUUGACAGAUCUCGAGGCUGCUGCAUGUUUAUGCACGGUCGUUAAGGUUAACGCGCUUGGAAUCAAGUUGAAGGUACCCAUUACUCUUAGUGUUCUUGUUAAUGCAUGUGGAAAGAAUCUUCCAUCGGGAUACAAAUGCGCUUAAGAUGUAAGAAAGCUUGGGGAAUGAAAAUAGGAUGUGGGUUAAUUGUUUCCUGGUCGAAAGUUAUUGUGUGUGGUGGAUUUAAUUAGUUUAAUGUGAGUGAUGUAUUUAAUUAUGUACUUGUGAGUGGCAAAAACUUAUUUGCCUAUGUCUUAAUAAUUCUAUGUUUAUGUUGAGAUUUAUGGAACAUGUAAGUGUUGUUUCAUGUUGAAGAAAUAAAAUAUCAUAUAUUCUUUUAA